AGUGCCAAAAAUUUGACAGCUAGCCUGCCUAUUCUGGUUUGGCGAAUAUGCAAUGUAUAAAGACAAAAGUUGGAAAAGUUGGAAAACACAAUGGAAAUCUCUCUGAAGGUGGCAAUAAUUGGGGCCGGGGUAUCAGGCCUAGUCACAGCCCGUGAGCUACUCAGAGAAGGCCACCGAGUCGUGGUCUAUGAAAAAUCAAACCAACCUGGUGGAACAUGGGUCUACGAUCCGCGUGUCGAGUCCGAUCCAUUGGGCCUCGACCCGAAACGGGAGAUCGUCGACAGCAGCCUCUACUCCUCUCUCCGAACCAACUUGCCCAGACACCUCAUGGGUCUCUCGGACUACUCGUUUACCGAUCGGGUUUACGGGGAUCCGAGGAAUUUCCCCGGACACGAGGAGGUGCUCAAGUUCGUGAAGGAUUUCGCGAGGGAAUUCGGACUCACUGAGUUGAUCCGGUUCGAGACCGAAGUCGUCCGAGUUGAGAGGUUCGACUCGGGGGAUGAUGAUGAGUGGGUUGUUGAGUCGAGAACGAGUGGGGCGAGUGGCGAGGAGGAGUUUCAGGCUGUGGUGGUUUGUACUGGACAUUACGCUGAGACAGUAGUUGCAAAUCUUCCAGGAAUAGAGCAAUGGCCUGGAAAGCAACUGCAUAGCCACAAUUAUCGUGUUCCCGACCCCUUUCAAAAUCAAGUUGUAGUGAUAAUUGGAAGUGGACCUAGUGCUAUUGAUAUUUCUAGAGAGAUUGCAAGUGUUGCCAAACAAGUUCAUCUUUCAUCCAGAUCCCCAAAUGUAAAAGUUUCAAAUUUCGACAACACAUGGCAGCAUUCGGAGAUUUACCAUGUCUAUGAAGAUGGUACAAUAGAAUUUCAAGACGGAUCGAGAGUUUAUGCAGAUGUAAUUAUACAUUGUACUGGGUAUAAAUACAGUUUUCCAUUUCUUAGAACAAACGGGAUUGUAGGUAUCGACGACAACCGUGUUGGGCCGUUGUACAAGCAUGUUUUCCCCCCACAACUCAGUCCUCGGCUCUCUUUCGUGGGAAUUCCCUAUUGGGUUAUCAUUUUUGCAGCAAUAGAGUUGCAAUCCAAGUGGGUGGCGCGUGUUUUAUCUGGUAAGGCAAUUUUACCGUCGGAAAAGGAAAUGUUGGUCGACGUUGAGGAACACUACAGGGAUACGGCGGACCGGGGUGUUCCCAAGCACCAUACCCAUAAAGUUCACCCUCAUGAGUUUGAGUACCUGGACAUGAUCGCGGAUUUGGCAGGGGUUCCACCAGUGGCAGAGCGAAUUAAAGAGAUUCAAAAGCAUUUUUUUGCACUUGUGCUUAGCAGUGGACCAGAUACAAAACGAUAUAGGGAUGAAUGGGAUCCCAACGAUAUCUAGUGUGCGCAAAAGGCAUGCCAUCCGUGCCCACAAAAGAUUUUCCAUUCCUCUCUAUUGCUUUACGUUUCAUUUGUAUUUCUUUCUUCAUCUACCCAGAAAUAAAUUUGAUAGUUGGAGGUGGGAAUUAGCAAAAUAAAUCUAAGAUUUGGAGGAGUGGGAAGACUAUGAUAUAUUGUGGGGGGGAAACUGUAAUAAUUAACUUGAAGAAGAUGAGAAGAAGAAGUAGAAGAAUAAGAUGAAAUAUAUAUGAACUAGUGCUUACCCGUGCCUACGGCACUACCCACCGUGAUUGGAAUUGAUUUGUACCCUGCCGCUAGAUUCGAACCAUGAGCAAAAGCUAGUGAGGGGCGAGUAGGUCUUGAUUGUGGAGAGCUUGAAAGGCGGGUCAAUGUCGUCGUGAGUGGUGGAGGACGGUGAAGGAGAAAAGGGCGCAUGAGAAGAAGAGAGAUGGUCUGGGUGAGGUAGUGUUUGUGUGGGAUCAAAGAGAGAAGGAGAACUUUCUGAAGUAGGGUUUCAAAUUUGAAAGUGGGUGUAAUUUUGAUCCGUGGCAAUUAUGUAAUUAAACGAAAGAGGCUGGACAAUUUAAUAGAAGGGAAAUUUCACCUCAACCAUUGGAUCAAUUCAAUCUCAACCAUUGCAACAACUUGUCUCUACACCAUUGUGUUUUAUAAUAGAGAUUUGGCUUUGUUUCAAGUCUUGGUUUGAAUGGCAGAAAGCAAUCCGCAUAUUCUAAUUAUUUUUAAUAUUUUUAAUUGUUCAUUUGUUAAAAGACUAUGAUCGAUAAUAAAUUUGAAUUAUUAAUUAUCAAGAUGCAACUAUUUGCAUGAUUUGAGUGCAAAUAAACUUUUCUUUUUAUUAUAAUAAAAUAAUAUUGGGUAUUAUUCCCUGAUGUUUCUUGAGAUGGUGGGUAUAUGAGUUGACUCUUGGAGAAGGGGCUAGACCCCUUGUGCAAUCAGCCAAGGAGAAGAAGCUUGGGGAAAACGAAACCAACCUUGAAUUGAACCCAUUCUCAAAGUUCAUGGCCAACGAAAACAAUUUAAAUAGGCUGCAUCUUAUAUUCCCUUACUUCCCAUCCCACUCAUCUCUCUCUCUCUCUCUCUCAUCUUGGUCCAAUCCUUCGGUAAUUCAGAUUCAACAUCAAAAUUCCUGAAAUGGGUAUUAUCGGAAGCACGUUCACGUUUAUGUUGGGCACAAUCGCUGGAGUCUGUAUUGCUCAGAGACUAGAACAACGUGCCCAUUACCACAAGACUCAUGGACACUGGCCUUGUCAUGGCCAUGCCCGUAUAAGAGCGACACCGCAAAAGCCACCAAACCAGGAGGGCCAAGUCGGCGAGUAAUUUCUUUGCUUAUGGGGUUAUCUAUAUAAUAGCUUAAGAAGUUGACGAAUGUACUACUUUUCUGCUGAAUUGAAGUUAUUAAUAAGCUGCGUAUGUCUGUCGUAGGGUUGCUCUGUUUUUUUCAUGAAUUAGUGUGCUUUUGCUAUCAAUAAAACUGUGUUUUUCCCUGUAUUUAGUGUGCUUUUCCAGCUGAAUUAAAGUGAUUAAUAAUACUUCUUUAAUUCUACCAGUGGUGGUGGAAAUAAA